AAGACUAAAGGUUUGCUGCAUAUUGUCCAGCUUUGGUUGAUGAAAUUCCUAACAAAAAUGUUAUCCCGAACUCUUUUGCUUGUUUCUGCUUUGGCAUUGGUGGCUGUAGUUUUUGCUGCACCAAUAGAUGAUGGAUCAGAUAAAGAUGCAUCAAUUUCAGUGAGACACAAGCUGAAGAGAAACCACACUCUUACUUUGAUUGACAUCAGAACAGAUGAAUCUGAUGUUGACAUCCAGAUUGACAUCACAGAAACAACAGAUACAGAAGAAGAUACAAGGUCUGUAAAAUCUGACUCUAAGGAUUCAUGCACCGAUAGUGCAAGCAGGUCAGAGACUGAUUCGAAAGCUUCAGAAGAUAAGACGUCUUCAGAGUCAGACUCAAAAUCGCAGGAUGUUGAUGAGGAAGGAAAAGACUCCUCUUCUGAGAGUGAUUCCAAAGAUACAGAAGAAGAUACAAGCACCGUAGAAUCUGAUUCUACGGAUUCACAAACCGAUAGUGCAAGCAGGUCAGAGACUGAUUCGAAAGCUUCAGAAGAUAAGACGUCUUCAGAGUCAGACUCAAAAUCGCAGGAUGUUGAUAAGGAAGGAAAAGAUUCUUCUUCUGAGAGUGAUGCCAAAGAUGUUGAUAAGGAAGGAAAAGACGCUUCUUCUGAGAGUGAUGCCAAAGAUGUUGAUGAGGAAGGAAAAGACUCUUCUUCUGAGAAUGAUUCCAAAGAUGUUGAUGAGGAAGGAAAAGACUCUUCUUCUGAUAGUGAUUCCAAAGAUCGUACAGACGCAUGGCCCAGCGACGAUGUGCUGGACUUGCUGAUCGGCAUGUCAAUGGAGCAAGGGAGCACCCAGACCAUCUGA